CAAAGGAAGGAAACAAAUUUUAGUGUAGAUGUUUGGUGGGUCUCAAAUUCUGGAUUUAGGGGAUUUUGUUUUUCAAGUUGAUAUAUGACAAGUUGAUAACAGUGAACAGAUAUGGGGUUUUAGGUUUUAUUAACAAAAAGAAAGACUAAUGUUGAAGUUUAUUAUUCUGCCCUAAAGUUUUUGGAAAGUGUCAUUUAGCCGUCGAAUGAGCAUUAAAGAACCUCCUUUUUGUGAAGAAUGGAAUCAAUGAUACUUUGUGGAGCUUGGGUUGGAAAGAUAAUCUUUUACAUGGAGGAGUUUAUACAAGAUGCCAAACACUCUAAGGAGGUUUCUGGACUGGACAUCUGUCCAUGGCAACUUGCCGAGAUUGGCUUCAUGGAUCAUCUCCUUAUACUUGGUUUUCCUUUGUCCGGAUGCAAAUGCCGAAGAUCAUUCAUCAUUUCAAAUUAAGUAUGCUUGUGAAGAUGUUAAAAGUUAUUAUGCUAGCAUCAACGAUCUGAAAGGUAAAGCGUUAAGUAGAAAAUUGAACUCCGUCAUAGCUGGACAUCACUCCUUAUCAUACAAAGAGGUGUGGGAUGCUCUUAAGAUUCUUGAUGCUGCUGAUUUGGAUGAACCAGAGGCGUCAUCUGGGAUAGUUGAAAUCUACUCGGGCAGAAUUGUUCCCAAGGGUCUAGCUGGAAAACCUGAAGGCUGGAACAGAGAACAUCUUUGGCCUCGUUCUUAUGGAAUUACGCGUGGUCCAUUUCUAACAGAUUUGCAUAACAUUCGUCCAGCAGAUGUAAAUGUGAAUUCAUCUAGGGGGAACAAGUAUUUUGGUGAGUGCCGAGUUGGGUCAACACACUGUAUGAAGCCUGCGAAUAAGGAAGCUGCUUCUGACACAGAAACAGAUACGAAGAUAUGGGCACCACCUUACCAGGUCAGAGGAGAUGUUGCAAGAGCAGUGAUGUACAUGGCUGUUCGUUAUGGGUUUCACCAAUCUGCUGAAGGUCCUGUUCUUCGCCUAUCAGAUUCUCCAAGCAUGGUGAAGAAGGAGAUGGGAUUACUCACUACUUUGUUGGAAUGGAAUGAGUUAGACCCUCCAUCUCAGGAGGAAAAGUUGAGAAAUGAAAGAGUAUGUAGGCUUUUCCAGCACAAUAGAAACCCAUUUGUAGAUCAUCCAGAGUAUGCCAAUCUGAUAUGGAAACAUGCCGUUUCAAGUCACCGGAGAUCUUCUUACAUUUCGAAGCCGGCGACAACCAUUCAACGAUGACGACUCUGCAUAAAUUAGAAGCUCAUUGAGAUCUCAAGGGCUUAUUUAUUUCAUAGCCAUUACUUAAAUCAAGUGAUGGGGAGAGGAUGGAAAUCACAGAGCUUUUAUAAAAGGUCUUUUUGUUAAAUCGUGGCGCAUCCUUAAUCAUGAGGAGGUGUUACUCCGCCACCUUCACUUACCUCAAAAACCGGGUGUCUUGUCGUGUCCAACUCGACGCUUCACUUGGGUACAAAAUAGUCGAGCCGGACACUUGGACACCUAUAUCCGAGUAGACACUCAAUCCGUGUCUGAGCAACAUAGAUACCCACUACGCUACGAAGUUUCAAAAAAUUCUUGAGAAAAUCUCCUUGUGCUUCAGUGAUACAGGGUUUAUCUAUCAACAAAGGUAACAUCAGAAUUUCAGAAAAUUAAUCAUGAGAGCUCCCCAAUCUCCAUUUUUAUGCUCUUACAACAUCUUGUGUAAUUCAUUCAUGAAAAUGUUGCAGACUUGUAAGACAUGACCAUAUAUUCAUAGUGUUUGUUUA